GCCAGUCGCCACUUUUGUCCAAUUCAUCGCCCUGCACCAAUUCGGAGUUGCUGCCGGCGAGACUCGAGAGUUCAAAUUAAUUCAAAGCAUUUUGUUGCAGUUAUAACGCAUGAAUAGAAGCAAACCCAAGCACUCUCAACGAGUUCAACUUAGCUCUAAAAGACCUGAACAUGAAGCUACUCAAACAGAUACACCAGAUUCUGAUGCUUUUGAGGUGACAUCAAACAUGCCCACAAGUGAAGGAAUUCUGUACGGACCUCCUCUAGAUUUUGGGGUGGGCGCCGUAUUACUCCAGCACGGACACCUGUUGGCCUUCUUUAGUCAGAAAUUGGGACCCAGGCGACGUAUGGCAUCCACGUACCACAAAGAAUUAUAUGCGAUUGUUGAAGCGGUUCAAAAGUGGAGCCAAUACUUGCUCGUCCGGGAAUUUGUGAUUCGAAGCGACCAGCGCAGUCUCAAGGAACUCCUUCUCCAGGCCUUGUAUGGCCGGAUGCCUCCCCUUUUCCCGACCAUGUCCACUCGUUCGCAGGUUGCUUCGGUGGAGGAACUGUUGCGUGAGCGUGCCGCAUUACUCGCAGAUUUGAAGACUCAUUUGGCUGCCAUGCGGAAACGAAUGGUUACCCAGGCAAAUGCUCAUCGCCGGGAGGUCUCUAAUGCCAUCGGCGAUUUGGUCCUUUUGAAGCUCCGCCUGUAUCAUCAUCACUCCGUCGCACGCCCACUCUCCACGAAGCUCUCUCGACGGUUUUAUGGACCUUUUCCCAUUUUGAAACGAGUCAGACCGGUCACUUACAGGUUACACCUUCCGCCAGAUUGCCAUAUUCACAAUGUGUUCCAUGUUUCUCUCCUGUGGCCCUUUGUUCAAACCGGUGAUAAUCUUCCGCCAGUCACACUUCCUGCUGAUUUUUAUAAAGGCCGUCGUAUUUUGAUCCCGGUGAAGGCGCUGGCUGCACGGACAGCUUUGGUGGAGGUCUCCCGCAAGACCAACAACUGAUUCGUUGGUCCGAUGGUGGGCUGGAAGACAGUACGUGGGAACCCGUUGCCGACAUCCAGCGACAUUUCCCCACUCUUGGCCUUGAGGACAAGGCCGUUU